AUGGGCAACAUCGGGAGCAGCGGCGUCCACGGCCGGAGGAGGAGCUCGAGCCGCCGGAGCCACGACAACCCUCACCCUCCCCCGCCCCCUCCGCAGGCUCCGCAGCCGGAGAUCGCCGCCAACCGAUACGUGUUCGCGGCGGCGACGCCGUAUCCCCAGUCGCAGUACCCCAACCCCGGCGCACCGCCGCCGUACUACCAGUUCCCCGGGUACUACCCGCCCCCCACGGCGAUUCCGACGCCGCUCCCCGCCCCUUACGACCACCGUCACCCUCCGGGGGCGGUGCACGCGACCUGGGGCAACGGGCGGUACCCCUACGGACCGAUGGCGCAGCCACCGGCCCCUCCGCCGCCACCGUACGUGGAGCACCAGAAGGCGGUCACGAUCCGGAACGACGUUAAUCUGAAGAAGGAGACGCUGAGGAUCGAGCCCGAUGAGGCGAAUCCGGGGAAGUAUCUGGUCGCGUUCACGUUCGACGCCACGGUGGCCGGAAGUAUUACAGUAAUUUUCUUUGCCAAGGAGGGUGAAGAUUGUUGCCUGACCCCAAUGAAAGAAACCCUACACCCACCCAUUACAGUGCAGUUUCAACAAGGCUUAGCCCAGAAGUUCAAGCAGCCAUCAGGAACUGGGAUAGACUUUUCAAUGUUUGAAGAGGGAGAGCUUUCGAAAGACCUGGACAUGGAUAUUUACCCGCUUGCAGUAAAGGCAGAGGCUUCUACCGAAACCCAAUGUGGGAACUCGGAUGAUGGAGGCUCGACAAACUCACAGAUAACACAGGCCGUGUUUGAGAAGGACAAAGGAGAGUACCAUGUUCGUGUGGUGAAGCAGAUAUUGUGGGUGAACGACAUGAGGUACGAGCUGCAGGAGAUUUACGGGAUUGGGAACUCGGUCGAGGGGGAGUUUGAUGCGAAUGAUCCUGGGAAAGAGUGCGUAAUUUGCCUUUCUGAACCGCGGGACACUACUGUUCUCCCGUGUCGCCACAUGUGUAUGUGCAGCGAAUGUGCAAAAGUCUUGAGGUUCCAAACGAACAGGUGCCCGAUCUGCAGACAGCCGGUCGAGCGCCUUCUAGAAAUCAAGGUUAGCAGCGGUGGGACCGAAAACGAGGAAAACUAA